AUGGAGAAAGGGGCAGCCACGGGCCCCAGGCCAGGACCCCCACCUCGGUCCACUAAGAAUGCCCUGCCCCUGUCUGAGGACAGGUGGUCAGCUGACCACCCAGCCUGGGCCCCCAGCCUAGAGCCAGAAGGACCAUCAGACCUGGAACUGAAUGAAGGGCAGCAGCUGCAGAUCGCCAAGGAGCUGGUCGGCCUGCAACUCAGCACCCACCGCCUGCGGGAACAGCAGGAGGCCGAGGUCUUCCACCUGCAGAGCGAGGUCCUGCGGCUGGAGAGCAGGGUGCUGGAGCUGGAGCUGUGUGAGGAACAGGCCAGUCGGGGGCAGCGCCAGGCACAGGCACAGAGCCACCCCCGAGACCGCAGGCCCCAGCACGCCACAGGGGCAAGGUCACAGGAGCCAGCUGACCCCGUGAGCAUGCCCCAUGGUCCUGGAGGGGGACAGUGGGUUGGGCAGGCUGUUUGGGGGCCAGCUCCAGCAUCCGUGCACCCACAACGACUGGCCACAGCAGAGAGGGCACUGGAGCAGCAGGAGGCCCAGCGGCAGGCGCUGCAGACACUUGUGGCAGCCCUGGGCCGGCAGCUACAGGGAGCCCGAGAGGAGGCCAGGGCAGCUGGAGAGCGAGUGGCUCUGCAAGCUGAGGCGCUGUCUGCCUGCCAGCGCCAGCUCCGCCAGGCCGAGGCCGACAACAGCCAGCUGCAGAUGCAGCUCAAGAGGCUGAACGAGGAACACGCAGUUCAGCUGCAGCGCUGCGCCCGGGAUGUGGCGAACUACACAGACGCUGCAGGCCAGGCACCGGCAGUCAUGUCCCUGCAGACAUUCCUGGAAGCCACCCUGGAGGGCAUCCGGGCAGCACACCGCAGCCGAGAACAGCAGCUGGCCCGGGCUGCCCGCACCUACCGCAAGCAGCUGGCCGACCUGAGGAGUCGGCAUGAAGCGCUGCUGGCCGCCCACAGGCUCCCGCAGGCCGUCCUUGAUCUGGCCACUGGGGACCUCGAGCUGGCUCCUAGGCACCUGACAACAGAGCUCAGCCACCUGCAGGGCACCUCAGGGAAGGAGACACAACGUGGGACCCUCCAAGCCCAGAGGGGCCCUGGAGUAACUUCUCUGGAGGGCACAUCUGAGUCACAGAUCCUGGACGCUGCAUCCUGGGCCCAGAUCCGACAGAAACUCCAGGACUUCUCCCGAGGGGCCCAGGCUGAACUGGAACGGGAGCGGGCACAGUUGCUGGGGCGAGCCACAGCGGCCGAGGCUCAGCUCUCAGAGCUGCGCCAGUAUGUGGACCAGCAUCUGGGCAGGUACAAGCAGGAGAUCCUGAGGCUGAGGAAGCUGGGGGAACAGCGCCCCACAGCAGACGUCAUCCCAGCAGCCCAGCCCCCACGCCCGAGGACCCGCAGCCGCUAGUCCGGGGGAGACGGAGCCUCUCUCCCCCCUCCCCCGCACACCUCAUCCAGUAGCAGAGCCCUCUCCUACCUGCAGUGACGGCCCCCAAACCCCCUACUAAACAAAAGUGAGGCAGGA